UACAAGAUGAAGAGUUAGUAUGCAGUAACACAAACACAGCCUCAAUCAACCACUAGCAAAUGGAAAACGAAAACAUUGUAUACCGAGGAUGGUGUCCUUCAAACUCUUACAAUUACGAAGUCCAUGAAGUAACCGAGCCUAUGCUUCGCAAGCGCAAUGAUCGCCCAAGAUAUCAUAAGAAAGGUCAUGUGGCAUUCAAAACCGUGCUAGAGGAGCCUAUAACGCCAGUAGUAGAAGAAGAACAACAACAAGUUGUGGCAGAAACUGAGAAUAAUAUUGAGCGUGUGAAUUCAUUUCAGAGUAUUGAUAAUAAAGCUGAUGCGUUUAUUAGGAUGGAGCACAGGAGGCUUGAAUUGGCCAGACUCAGGUCUUUGGGCGUUGCCUGAUUGAUACCUUCUAUUUGUAGCUACUAGCUAGGUGUUAGCUACAACAUACAAGGUCAUGUCGAGGUUUAUCAUUUAUACGCAUAAGAAAAAUAUGAAAUAAUUUCAACCUUAUGUAUUCCUAUGAAAUAACCUUAUGAAAUAAUACAUCAAGUUCUUA